AUGGCUUCCAAAACUGCCCAAAGUACGCCACCCAUUACGAUAUCCGCACCAUCACUGAAAACGGCGGCAUCAACAACAUCGCUGACAUCGAACAUGUCCGUAUCGUCCGGAACAAACACACAGUCGACAAUGUCGAUAUCGUCGGUCGAAACCGUAGUGUCCGCAUCGUCGUCGGCCAAUGCAACGUCGACGGUCGUUAAGUCAGGUUGGUUGUUUAAGCGAGGUGAACACAUCAAAACAUGGCGAUCACGUUAUUUCGUGCUUAAGAGCGACGGCACGCUGGAGGGUUACAAAGUACGACCGGAACCACCGGCCUCGAUUGAACCGUCGAACAAGUUCACCGUACGCGACUGUCAGAUCAUGUCAAUCGAUCGGCCCCGUCCGUACACAUUCAUCAUACGUGGUCUACAAUGGACAACGGUGAUCGAACGGAUGUUUCACGUGGAAAACGAAAUUGAGCGUAAGGAUUGGGUGGACGCUAUCCGCAGCGUUGCGAACAAGCUGAACGAAGAGGAGGUCUACCAAGCGACGCUGCCAAAUGAAACGGACGACGAUGACUGCGAAAUGGGUUCGAUUGCAGAGGACGAACUGGAAAAGAUGCCCAUAUACGGUACGGCCAUGGAUAAAGUAAGCGGUAAGCGAAAGGUGACGCUCGAGAACUUCGAAUUCUUAAAGGUUCUCGGCAAAGGCACCUUUGGUAAAGUAAUCCUCUGUCGCGAGAAAACCACAGCCAAGCUGUACGCUAUCAAAAUACUGAAAAAGGAUGUCAUUAUACAGAAGGAUGAGGUGGCUCAUACGAUGGCGGAAAGCCGAGUGCUGAAAACGACAAACCAUCCGUUUUUGAUAUCGCUGAAAUACUCGUUCCAAACAGUAGAUCGUUUGUGCUUCGUGAUGCAGUACGUCAACGGUGGUGAACUGUUCUUCCAUUUGAGUCGAGAGCGUAUAUUUCCCGAGGAUCGCACGCGAUUUUACGCAGCAGAAAUUAUUUCAGCCCUUGGAUAUUUACACUCUCAUGGCAUUAUUUAUCGCGAUUUGAAAUUGGAAAACUUACUGCUGGAUAAAGAUGGACACAUCAAGAUAGCAGAUUUCGGUCUGUGCAAAGAAGACAUCACCUACGGCCGGACAACGAAGACGUUCUGCGGUACGCCCGAGUAUCUUGCACCGGAAGUGUUGGAGGACAACGAUUAUGGGCAUGCGGUUGAUUGGUGGGGUACGGGUGUUGUAAUGUACGAAAUGAUUUGUGGUCGACUUCCGUUCUACAAUCGCGAUCACGACAUUCUGUUCACACUUAUCCUGAUGGAGGAGGUAAAGUUCCCGCGCAACAUUAGCCCUAAUGCACGCAGUUUGCUCAGUGGGUUGUUGGUUAAAAAUCCGAAACUGCGUCUCGGUGGCGGACCGGAUGACGCGAAGGAAAUUAUGGCCCACCCAUUCUUUGUCAGCAUCAAUUGGUCGGAUUUGGUGGCGAAACGCAUUACGCCACCGUUCAAGCCACAGGUAACAAGCGAUACGGAUACGCGCUAUUUCGAUCGAGAGUUCACCGGUGAAAGUGUUGAGCUAACGCCCUCGGACAAUAAUGGACCAUUGGGCGCAAUUCAGGAGGAACCACACUUUUCGGAAUUCAGCUACCAGGAUAUGGCAUCCACCAUGAACACGCCAAGCUUUAUGAAUCAUUCGCACAACUAUCCUCCGAUGCAGUGA